GUGAACUCGUUCUAAGCAACAACAUCACAACGUCACAUACAGCCAUAGUGUAUUGAACAGUAUACGCACAGUAUCAGUGUAUUGAACAACAACAUUGUAUCACAUCACAGUCAUGGACGCAGCAGUUGAGCACGAUAUCUGUGACAUCCCCUUCGAUGGGUACUUUGCUCCCGAAGCCAAGAGGCAGGCCAGACGGUCUGGUUGUCCAUUCUCCCGGCGACACUCACCUGGUCAGCACGGAGCCAUGGGAGGGAUCGGACACGGUGCACAAGAGUUCCAUCGCUUCCCUGGACCUGCUGAUGAUGGACAGCGCGGCCCUGCAUGUCACCGCAGAGACGGCUGGGGACACCACGGACCACACAACGGAGCUGAUGAUAGAAUACCUCCCUUCUUCAAGCAUGCACAUGAUGCUAAGCCACACGACUUCCGCGGACCUCACGGCGAGCACUUUGGACCUGCAGCGUUUUGGUUUGCACGACGAGGUCCCGCUGAGUCACAGACUCCCUGGAGUGGAGCUUGGGGAGGACUAGGACAGCAGAAACCCUAGACUUAGCUUAGACUAUAGUUAAAGAGACAAGCGUACAAAAGUCAUUGUGAUAAACAAUGCAUUUUGUAAGUUGUAAGGGAAGUUUCUAAUGAGUUGUUUUGAAUUUAAUAUUGUA